AACUGAGGGAGGUAUAUGCGAGCUCCGCCUUCCUGUCCUGGGUUAAACAUGGUUAGUUCAGCACUCCAAGAACUCGUAUUUCUCUUAUCAAUUUUUGCCCACUAACUCUCUGUUAACCUUGAUUCAUAGGCUGGGUGCGUUUUCUUUUUUCCAGAUUAUAGCCAAUGUUCGCCGCUGAUGCUGUUCUUUAUCUAUGGAGAAACAUGGCCAAGAUGCCUCUCUUUGUGUUCUUCAAGGACGCAAGGAGUGUUUUCAGGAAGGAUGAGUUGGGGCUGGAAAUAGCACAAAUUGCAAUUCCUGCAGCACUUGCUUUAGCAGCAGACCCUAUUGCUUCUUUAAUUGACACAGCAUUCAUUGGCCAUAUAGGCCCUGUGGAGCUUGCUGCUGUUGGGGUUUCUAUUGCUGUUUUCAAUCAAGUGUCCAAGAUUGCCAUAUUCCCACUUGUUAGUAUCACAACUUCUUUUGUUGCUGAGGAAGAUGCUACUGGAGGAUUGACUACUGAAGACCAUGAAGAUGCAAAACUUCAAGGUGGUUUUGCUGUCAAUAAAGAAAUGGAAGAGCUGUUACCUCAAGCUGAGUCCACAUACAAAUCAUCAUCCGUGAGCAGUAAUUACACCAAAAGGGAAUAUGAGAGAAGGCAUAUUCCAUCUGCUUCUUCUGCUUUGCUCGUUGGUUGUGUUCUUGGCAUAAUCCAAACUUUAUUCCUCACCUUUUCUGCUAAACCAAUCUUGAGCUACAUGGGUGUAAAUUAUGAUUCUCCGAUGCUAAUACCAGCGGAACGAUACUUGAUAUUGAGGUCACUCGGUGCUCCUGCUGUUCUCCUUUCCUUGGCAAUGCAAGGGGUUUUUCGAGGAAUUAAGGAUACAAAAACUCCUUUAUAUGCUACUGUUAUUGGAGAUGCGGCAAACAUUGUAUUAGAUCCCAUAUUUAUAUUUGUAUUCCGAAUGGAUGUCAGUGGUGCAGCCAUUGCACAUGUCAUUUCUCAGUACUUAAUCUCUAUAAUACUGUUAUGGAAAUUAAUUAAACAUGUUGAUCUACUAUCACCAAGCAUGGAAGACCUCCAAAUUGGCCGGUUUCUCAAAAAUGGGUGUCUUCUCCUCGUAAGAGUAAUAGCUGCAACAGCCUGUGUCACUCUGGCAGCAUCAUUGGCUACAAGGCACGGAUCUACAUCAAUGGCUGCAUUUCAGGUUUCCUUGCAGAUUUGGUUGGCGACCUCUUUGCUUGCUGAUGGUCUGGCUGUGGCUGGACAGGCAAUCCUAGCAAGUGCAUUUGCAAAGAAGGAUUAUGACAAAGCCACAGCCACAGCUUCUCGUGUAUUACAGUAUGCUUUGGUCCUAGGUGUAGUGCUCUCAAUCAUCCUUUCAGUUGGAUUACAGUUUGCUUCGAGAUUGUUUACAAAAGACGCCAGUGUUUUGCACCUUAUUAGUGUGGGCAUCCCGUUUGUUGCAGCAACUCAACCAAUCAAUGUUUUGGCCUUUGUUUUUGAUGGAGUCAACUAUGGAGUGUCAGAUUUUGCAUAUUCCGCUUACUCAAUGGUUUUGGUGGCAAUUAUAAGCAUUCUUUGCUUAUUUACCCUAUCCUCAAGUCAUGGUUAUGUUGGCAUCUGGGUUGCGUUGGCCACUUUCAUGAGUUUGCGUGCAUUAGCUGGUUUUUUAAGGAUAGGAACUGGUAUGGGGCCUUGGAGGUUUCUUAAGAGCUGAUUAUUUCUCCAUCGGUUCAUCUAAUUAACAUUAUUUCAUAUUCUUAUCACUUUCAUGGCACUUGAAAGAAGGAGCUAAAAGUAUGAGUAUUUAUGGAGGAUGGCUCUACAUUUCUUCAUUUCCUUCCGCCAUGGUUGGUGUAUAAAUGUAAAUGCAAUGUGUGAAUUAAAACCUUGUCAUUGUUUAUGGACUUCCUCCUUCGUAUCCAUUUUCCAUGUGUUGUACAAGGAAAAGGUUGUGGCUCCUUUUGCCAUGGCGAUGCCAAGGAAGUACUGUCUGCCUAUAUCAAGGAACUACAUGAUUCUCAUUUGAUUUCUCGACAUUAAAGCGAAAUGGAUUCAUUACCACUUGAUUUUCUGACAUUAUAAAAAAUGAAUGUCUUGUUUUAUCCAA